AAAACUGAUAAUAAUGCUUCAACGUUAUAUAGGUACUUGGUAUGAAUCAAGAAAUCAUUCGAUUAUGUAUUCAAUAUCAACAAGCUGAACAACAGGAUUCCGAUAUGCCAUUAUACCAAGCAAGAUUACAAUCAAACCUGACAUACCUCGCAACAAUGGCUGAUAUUUCUAUGGUGAAGCCAGGAGAAGAAUACAAAACGCCUACACCUCCAGAUUUAUCUGAUUUACCAACACCAAAAAAUGAAAUUACUAUCAGAAUUCAACAACUGUUGACUGUAGCUCAAGGACUUUUCGCAGCAAACAAUGGUCCUCCUCACACUCCAACGAGAAAUGUACAACCUUCACCUUCUCCAGCUGUUUCUGAUCAACCUCUUUCUCAACCUCAAACUCCACAGCAACAAAACACUCUACCAUCACAAACACUACCUUCACAACAACAGCAAACCACGCCUCAAAUACAGCAUCAGGGAACACCUCAAAUGCAACAUCAAGGAACACCACAGAGUCAACAUCAAGGUACACCUCAAAUGCAACAUCAAGGUACACCUCAAAUGCAACAUCAAGGUACACCUCAAAUGCAACAUCAAGGAACACCUCAAAACAUCAAUCAAGGAACACCUCAAAGCCAACAUCAAGGCACUCCUCAGAUGCAGCAUCAAGGCACUCCACAAAUGCAACAUCAAGGUGUGUCUCAUAGGUCGCAACAAUCUACACCACAAAUGCAGAAUCAACAACCACAGCAACAUACACCUCCCAUCAAUCAACAUACUCCUACUUUACAACAGCAAGCACCAGUACUUACUCCUCAACAACAACAAAUGAUAAGGCAUCAGCAAAUGAUGGCAGCUUUGCGACAGCAACAAAUACUUCAACAACAACAAGCGGGUAUGAAAAUGCAACCUACUGGUCAAAAUAAUAUGGUAGCACCUGGGCAGAUGAAUAUCAUGAACAAUCCAAUGAUAGCAGGCGGGAUGGAUCCACAAUUACUGAUGCGACAGGCUCAACAACAACAACAAACAAUGAUGAAUGCGACGAGUAUGGGAUUAUCUAUACCGAUGGCACCUGGAAACAAUAUGACACCUGAUAUGAUGUUGAAUAAUUAUAUGAACCCUGCAGCCUUAUCACAAGCAACUCAACAACAAUCACCAAUGAAAUCCAUGUCACCUACUGGAAUUGUGAACCCAACCAAUAUUACCACACCUACUGCUUCAUCGUCAUCAUCCUUACCAAGCACACCAACGACUGCAACAGGCAAUGGAGGUAUAUUACUAGGAACGAGUACACCAACGUCAGGAUCUAUCACUUCUACAUCCAAUGGUAUGAUUCCCUCAACAGUAGCCAAUUCUAUGAAUGAAACCAAUGGAAUUAAUCCCAACGAUUUGAUGAACGGAAUGAUCAACCCUUCUAUGAUGCUCAAUCCUGCUAUGAUGGCGACGGUCAAUAUGAACAUGUACAAUCAACAACAGCAACCAAUGGAUGAUGGAUCAGGGAAUUAUCAAAACGUCAUGAUGAUGAUGCAAAGAUUGCAACAACAGCAGCAACAGCAACAACAUCAACCUCAACAACAGUAGUAACAAUAGCAAUCAUGAAAACGAAACAAAAAUGUCAACAACAACAACAUAUAAAAAAAAAAAAAACGGCGAAUGGGUUUGGAUUAGGGUGGAAUUUAGAU